CCCGUGCCGUGGCUCUGCGCAUGCGCAGUGAGCUCCAAACUGUAACAGGCCGAGAGACGGGGCUCGAGCCUCCGCAGCGUAAAACAACCAGCGGAAACAAAACGGAAUAAAACACCGACCAACUGCAGGAUCCAGCGGCCGGUAACCCACCGAGCCCUGCCGGACAUUUAGCGGGAUAACAGCCGGAGGAGAGCGGAGGAGAGCGGAGGCAGGCGGGGGUCUGCAGCCCGGGAGCCUGCCUGUCUGGCCGCCUGCACACGUUUGGAUGUAACGAAGACUGAGAGGAAGACAUGAUGUCUCCAAAGUGGACCCGUGUCCCUGUCCCGUUGGUCCUGGUCCAUGUCCUCGCCCUGUCCCGCUCGGUGUCCGCGGCCCGCUCUGACAGAACCAUGGUGUCAGAGGAGUACGUGGGUGCCACGGUGAACGCCACUGUGCUGGACGGACGAGGAAACAGUGUCCACAUGAUGAGCAGCGACGAAGGGACGUACGGACAGAACUCCCCAAAGGUGGACACGCGAGGUGUCGUCAUUGCACCGGCACCGCACCACGGAGUGGUGGACCGGCAGGGCUGCGACCCCGGCACGCGCUUCCUGGUCCCUCCUCGGAGCGUUCACUGGGUGGCGCUGCUGCAGAGAGGAAACUGCACCUUUAAGGAGAAGAUCCUGAAGGCCACCGCCUACAACGCCACCGCCGUGCUCAUCUACAACAACUCCACCGACAAGACAGUGAAGAUGGGACACGAAGGUACCGGGGACACUGUAGCGGUGAUGAUCACAGAGACGUACGGUAAAGAGAUCCAGGCUCACCUGGAGAGGAACCUGACGGUUCUGGUCUCUGUGUUCGUGGGUCAACGUGGUCCCACCAAGAACAUCAACCGAGGCUCGCUGGUCUUUGUCUCCAUCUCCUUCAUCGUCCUCAUGAUCAUCUCGUCGGCGUGGCUCAUCUUCUACUUCAUCCAGAAGAUCCGCUACACCAGCGCCCGCGACCGCAGCCAGCGGCGUCUUGGUGAUGCAGCGAAGAAAGCCAUCGGGAAGUUGACCACAAGGACAGUGAGGAAAGGAGACAAGGAAACUGAUCCAGAUUUUAACCACUGUGCCGUGUGUAUUGAAGCGUAUCAGCUGAACGAUGUGGUCCGUAUUCUGCCCUGCAAACAUGUCUUCCAUAAGGUGUGUGUGGACCCCUGGCUGAACGAGCACUGCACGUGUCCCAUGUGUAAACUGAACAUCCUGAAGGCUCUGGGCAUCACGACCAGCCUCCCCUGCGUGGACAGCGUGGUGCUGGACGUGGAGCGUUUGGGCGUCAGUUCGGCCUCCAGCAGCCAGAGGGCGCCGCCCGGAGACAGCAACCCCCCCUCCAUUAGCCUGGAACCGCUCAGCCCCGCCCACCCUGAGGCCACGCCCAGGAUGCCCUCUGACAUCACCAUCGCUGUGACCAGCGGCGGGCACUUCUUUAACAGGAACUCGAUGUCUCCUCGCAGCGCGGUCUGUGAGAUGGAGCUGCCGGACAUCCAGGCUUCGCUCGACCUCUACGACGACAACAAGUCCUGAGGACCGUCGUCACAGUUACAACCCCCCCACCACUGAUGGACGAGUGGGUGGCGGGGGUCUGAUAACAAUAACCUGGACGAACUGUUAAACAUAAUUUAACCAUCAGACUAAACAUGGACUGUCUGGAUCCGGGUCUCAGUUUAGACCCGUUUGCUCGACACUCAUGUUUUUAUUUUCACCAAAAGAAGAAAAAACACUUUGGAGGAACCGGAGCUGGUUGUCGGGUUGAAUAAUCCUGAAAACUGAACCCGAGAUCUAACUCCGGCCCAGGAACCAGAACCUGAACUAGGUUCCUCUGGUCAACCUGGAGCUAAGGUUGCUGUUCAAUUUAUAGAAAAAAGUUCUGGCGUACCUAAAAGCGCUCUUGUGUUCCUGGAAAAGGUCCUGAGUUCUUAAGAAGGUUCCUGGUUUCUAAAAAAGUUCCAGUGCUCCUUAAACGGAUCCUGGAACAGUUUCUGAGUCCCUAACAAGGUUCUGCGGUCUGUGGCAAACUUUACAAAUUCCUUAAACGGUUCUUGGAAAGGUCCUGAGUUCUUUAAAAGGUUCCCGAAAAAGGUCCUAAGUUGCCUAAAAGGGUUCCUGGAACGGUUUCACCUUGAAGGGUUCUGUUGGGUUCCUGAGCAAUUAAAAGGUUCGGAAACAUUUCCAAAGUGUUGAAGAUAUUCAUGUGUUCUCAAAAAACUUUUUAGUUCCUACAAAGGUUUUCUGAAACGGUUCCUGAGACUUUAAAAAGGUUCCUGUGUACGUGGAAAAUGGGUCAAAAGAUUUGUACCUGAGACUAUUUUACCUGAACCAAAUAGGACCGUAAAGCACCAGAACCAGAACCGACCAAGAGAACCUGAACGCAGAAAAGGUUUCUGUCCAUCUAAUGAUCUGCGUCUGAAGACCUGGAUCAGAACUCCUCACUGGCUGAACUUCAUCAGACUGGACCCGGAUCCUCUGUAGAAACAGUGUUAACUCCCCUGUAGCAAAAGAACUUUAGCUUUAAAGGAAAAGUCCAACAUUUCAGAAAAUCCUCCUGUUCUCUGUUUCAUUAACAUUUGGAGUUCCUCAGGGAGGCGUCCCGGGUCCUCGGCUCUUCUUAUUAAACUUCUCUGGGUUUAAAGAGACACUUCAACAUGUGUAACGCUGUGUUCGCACCAAGCGCAAAACAAUUUUCUCCUUGCACAAGUUUGAACCGUUGGAUCAUUUGUGUUUAUUUAUUGAAUUAAUCUGGUUUACUACAGCGGUAUGAACUCAGAAUAAACACAUUGAGCUGUGAUUUCCUUGCAAUAAAGGAAUGAAAAAAUAAUGCAGAAAUAACUCCAUCAUGAUGCUGGUUUUUAAAAUGUCUGAGUUCAUGCUUUGUCAGGUCUGUCCGCAAGACGACAACCAAACUACUCUUAAAAUGCUUGUUUUCUGAAUGGAGUUUGGUUGAUCAGGGCUAUACUAACAUUGUAGCUGCUCAGUCAUCUAAAUGAGGCAAUACAUUUAAACACACAGAUAUCUACAUACUGUGUAAUUUUAAAAUGCAUUUAAGAUGUUUAUUAUUGAUGUCAGGAGCCCACAGACGCUACUGUAAUUUUUACCUACAUUCAACAACGAAAAAUUUCAACUUGCGCGUACAUGCAAAUUUGGCUUGUUUUUUGCUAAUGGUGUCAACACAGCAUUACACCCUUUUGUUCUCCAGAGUCAGACAAUAAGAUGUAGCCUAGCUUAGCACAAAUAGUGGAAGCAGGGGGAAACUGUUAGCUUCAUCAAAUAUCUAAAAUCAACACAUCUGGAGUCCCCAGGUCUGUGAGCCAACAGACGGGGUUACAGCGAAAUUCUAACAGUCAGUAUAAAAUCCUAAAGGUAUAAAGUGAGUGUCUACUUGUUAACCCGGUAACAGCUAUACCUUAUCUGCAGUAUUAUAGAUGUUUGGUGAGCUAAUGCUAGCUCCAAGCUAAUAUUAUUCUUAUAAUAUUCAUCUGUACAGUAAAUUAGCUUGUAGCUCUCACAGCUAACACAAUCCGAUGGAUUCAUUGAUUAGAUUUUUAUUAUCAGAUGAAGAAAUAAUAAAUGUUAAAACUCUUAUUUCCAACAUGAAAGACAAAACACAAAGAAGCAACAAGACAUUCAAUGAGAAACUAAACCGAAACACGUCACCACAAUGUCAGAGAAGCAGCAUUAAUUAUGACUUCUGUCUCAUAUUUAGCUUGUGGCUCCAUUUGAUCUGGAGGCUCUUUACAUUGCAUGUUGUUAAAUCUUUUCAAUUAAGUUUUUUGUGAGUCCUGUCUUCCUAUUGGCUCACAGAGCUUAGUGAGGCCUGUCUUCCUAUUGGCUCACAGACCUUAGUGAGGCCUGUCUUCCUAUUGGCUCACUGACCUUAGGACUCGAGCAUCUCCUGAAGUGACGGACUGAUUCUUUAAAAUGUAUUCUUCAGCUUCUGAAUAUAAUAAUCCGCUCCACUGACGGGGCUCAAUAUAUAAACAGCAUUAUACGAUGUAUACCUGAUGAUAUUAGCUGCAGUGACGGAGACGAUGUGUGUGAAGCUUUCAGUUCACUUUGUCUCCAACUGCUUUCGCAUUAAAGAGUCGAUACUUUACCCUG